AUGAAGUCGCAACAAACUUCGCCCAACGACCCGUCCGGCGUCGAGUCUCAAGCGGGGAGUAAGAGACCACCAAGUCCCAUCACGGCAACUUCGAGGCCGGAGUGGAGACCAUACAACGGUCGUUGGAACGCGAAUGUGGCAUAUCGGGAUAGUCGCAACGAGGCCAGUCUGGAUGAGGCUGCUACAUAUAAUAACCAGACGUCGCGGCGAGGUCGUCCACAGCAGAACCAAUGGGCAUCCAGCAGAAAUCCCAACGGUCCUGCGGAUGUUCGUGGUAACCACGGCCGGUCACGCUCUCCGCGAAGAGACGCACCGUCACUACAAUCGCCUCAGUUGCCGAAUGUCCAUAAUCCGGUCUCGUUCCCAAUGAGCAAUGUCCUGGCCGACUUUUCUAUGAUGAAUCCGUUUGCCAUGUUCAAUGGGUUCCCCAUGCCGACAGAUCCUUUACCAUUUCAGUUGCCAUUUUUCUCACCCAAUAUGCCGGACCAGUCGCAAUCACAAUUCCCUCCAGCGUUCGAUCCGUCUUUACCAAACCCUGCACUGUUUCCUUUACUCGGUGGUGGGAGUCCCUUUAUGACUAUGCCACCGUUUCUACUGCCGUUUAUGGACUUUAACAUGAUGAAUCAGGCAUCUCCGAACCCUAUGUUGAAUACUAUAGAUCAGAUGGGGACAACUACUUCUGCUGGCUUCACUGCUUCCGGUCAGCAACAGUCGGAUCGAAAGGGAUUAACUGGAUCAACGGCAUCAACGGCAUCAACGGCAUCAACGGCAUCAACGGGAUCAACGGGAUCAACGGGAUCAACGGGAUCAACGGGAUCAACGGGAUCAACGGGAUCAACGGGAUUAACGGGAUCAAAGGGAUCAAAGGGAUCAAGCAGACCAAAGGGGUCUAAGGCUAGGCGCCAGGCCUUUACGGCCCAUCGACCUCCUUCAGCGACAAAGAGAUACCUUGAGCAAGCGUCUCUACCACCCCAGGAAUUAUCGUCUCCUCAGAAAUUGCUCGUUAUUCUCGAUCUCAACGGCACCCUAAUCUACCGGAAGACUAGGAAGUUUCCUCCGUCGUUUUCUCGAAGAGCUGGUCUGGAGCAAUUCUUAAAGGUCCUGCUCGAAAAGUACAAGAUCAUGAUUUGGUCUAGUUCACAGCCAGAGACAGUGGCCGCAGUCUGCGACAAGCUGUUCCCGAAACCUAAGAGAAAGAAACUCGCUGCCGAAUGGGGUCGCGAUAAGCUUGGCCUCUCGAAAGCCGAAUACAACAGCAAAGUUCAAGUUUACAAGACUUUAACCACAGCCUGGUCCAGCAAGCAGGUCCAGGCAUCACAUCCGCAGAGAGCCAAAAAAGGCAUGACAUGGCACCAGAGAAAACAGGCCCUUCGCUGGGACCAGACCAACACGGUCCUCAUCGAUGACAGCAAAAUCAAGGCUGUUAGUGAACCUUAUAACCUAAUCGAGAUCCCCGAAUUCACCAACGACCCUAAUGUCGAUGAGUCUCUUGUUUUCCCGAAAGUCCUCCAGCGCCUCGAAUUGCUCGCCAGGUGCGACGAUGUCAGCAAGAUGCUCCACCAAUGGGCGACCGCCAACCCGGGAACGAGCGUCUUUGAUCUCGAUCUAGGACCUGUGGAGCCAUUACCACUCUCUAUUCUGGAUGAACCGGCUCUCCCUCCUGCCCUGGCACGUAAACUGAAUCGCAAGGCUCGCAAGCGUGAGAAUCAGGCCGCUCGUAAAGCUGCUGCUAUUCUUGCAGCCAGGGCUGACCCUCACGCACUCAAGUCUGCACCAGCUUCUCCCUUGCCUCAGGAUACUCAGUUGAUUCCGACCCCGGCCCCGUGCCUGGACUUGAUACCGAGUACGAACCAGACGGAGUGGCAGUUGCAGGCAGCUGCCAGUGUGAAUUCAAAAUCUGAAGACCCACAUCCGCAGCCUUAUCCUUCAUCACACCCGGAGAGAUCGCCGUCACCUGCGUCAUCUGUCCAGUCUGACAAUACCUUGUUAGACCGCUUGGAGGAGUCAUUGAGAUAA